GGGGCCUGCAGCCGCCCGCGCGCGGCUCGCGCCCUCCCCUUUGUGUCGCCAUGGCGGCGGCGGCGGCGACAAGGACUACGAACGAGGGGUCGAGCACAGCCGGGGCCUGAGGAGGCUACCGCGACCAUGGUGGCCCCAUGCUCCAGGCACAGAGACAGUCAGAUCCCAUCCUGCCUUGGGGAGCUGCAUGGGCUGGCGGGGGACAGACUCAGAGGGCCCGCAGCACUGACAGCCUGGAUGGUUCAGGGGAGGGCUCUGUGCAACCCGUAGCCCCCACUGCGGGACCCGGUGUGAAGGGGAAGCCUGGGAAGAGGCUUUCAGCUCCUCGAGGGCCCUUCCCCCGGCUGGCUGACUGUGCCCAUUUCCACUAUGAGAACGUUGACUUUGGCCACAUUCAGCUCCUGCUGUCUCCAGAGCGGGAAGGCCCCAGCCUCUCUGGAGAGAAUGAGCUGGUGUUUGGGGUACAGGUGACCUGUCAGGGCCGUUCUUGGCCAGUUCUCCGUAGUUACGAUGACUUCCGUUCUCUGGAUGCCCAUCUCCACCGAUGCAUAUUUGACCGGAGGUUUUCCUGCCUCCCAGAGCUUCCCCCACCCCCAGAGGGUGCCAGGGCUGCCCAGAUGCUGGUACCACUGCUGCUGCAGUACCUGGAGACCCUGUCAGGACUGGUGGACAGUAACCUCAACUGUGGGCCAGUGCUCACCUGGAUGGAGCUGGACAAUCAUGGCCGGCGACUGCUCCUCAGUGAGGAGGCAUCGCUUAAUAUCCCUGCAGUGGCUGCUGCCCAUGUGGUCAAACGGUACACGGCCCAGGCGCCAGAUGAGCUGUCCUUCGAGGUAGGAGAUAUUGUCUCAGUGAUCGACAUGCCACCUGCAGAGGAUAGGAGCUGGUGGCGGGGCAAGAGGGGCUUUCAGGUUGGUUUCUUCCCCAGUGAGUGUGUGGAACUCUUCACAGAGCGGCCAGGUCCUGGUCUAAAGGCGGAUGCCGAUGGUCCCCUGUGUGGCAUCCCUGCUCCACAGGGCAUCUCCUCUCUGACCUCAGCUGUGCCCCGGCCACGUGGGAAGCUGGCUGGGCUUCUCCGCACCUUCAUGCGCUCCCGCCCUUCUCGCCAGCGGCUGCGACAGCGGGGGAUCCUGCGACAGAGGGUGUUUGGCUGUGACCUUGGAGAGCACCUCAGCAACUCAGGCCAGGACGUGCCCCAGGUGCUGCGCUGCUGCUCUGAGUUUAUUGAAGCCCACGGGGUGGUGGAUGGGAUCUACCGGCUCUCAGGCGUGUCCUCUAACAUCCAGAGGCUGAGGCAUGAGUUUGACAGUGAGAGGAUCCCAGAACUGUCCGGCCCAGCCUUCCUGCAGGACAUCCACAGUGUAUCCUCCCUCUGCAAGCUCUACUUCCGGGAGCUGCCCAACCCCUUGCUUACCUACCAGCUCUAUGGGAAGUUCAGUGAGGCCAUGUCAGUGCCUGGGGAGGAGGAACGCCUGGUACGUGUCCAUGAUGUCAUCCAGCAACUGCCCCCACCACACUACAGGACUCUGGAGUACCUGCUGAGGCACUUGGCCCGGAUGGCAAGACACAGCGCCAACACCAGCAUGCACGCCCGCAACCUGGCCAUUGUCUGGGCACCCAACCUGCUGCGGUCCAUGGAACUGGAGUCGGUGGGGCUGGGUGGAGCAGCAGCCUUCCGGGAGGUUCGGGUGCAGUCAGUGGUGGUGGAGUUCUUGCUCACGCACGUGGAGGUCCUGUUCAGUGACACCUUUACCUCUGCUGGCCUCGACCCUGCAGGCCGCUGCCUCCUCCCCAGGCCCAAGUCCCUUGCGGGUAGCGGCCCCUCCACUCGCCUGCUGACACUGGAGGAAGCCCAGGCGCGUACCCAGGGCCGUCUGGGAACCCCCACUGAGCCCACAACUCCCAAGGCCCCAGCCUCACCUGUGGAGAGGAGGAAGAGAGAGAGAGGGGAGAAACAGCGGAAGCCAGGAGGCAGCAGCUGGAAGACAUUCUUUGCUCUGGGCCGGGGCCCCAGUGUCCCCCGAAAGAAGCCCCUGCCCUGGCUGGGAGGUGCCCGAGCCCCGCCACAGCCUUCAGGCAGCCGACCUGACACGGUCACACUGAGAUCUGCCAAGAGCGAGGAGUCUCUGUCAUCACAGGCCAGCGGGGCUGGCCUCCAGAGGCUGCACAGGCUGCGGCGACCUCACUCCAGCAGUGACGCUUUCCCUGUGGGCCCGGCACCUGCUGGCUCCUGCGAGAGCCUGUCCUCCUCGUCCUCGUCCUCCUCGUCCUCCUCCUCUGAGUCCUCGGCAGCUGCUCUGGGACCACUCUCUGGGUCCCCCUCACAUCGCACCUCAGCCUGGCUAGAUGAUGGUGAUGAACUGGACUUCAGCCCACCCCGCUGCCUGGAGGGACUCCGGGGGCUCGACUUUGAUCCCCUUACCUUUCGCUGCAGCAGCCCCACCCCAGGGGACCCAGCACCUCCUGCCAGCCCAGCACCCCCGGCCCCUGCUUCUGCCUUCCCACCUCGGCCAACCCCACAAGCCCUCACACCCCGCGGGCCCACCAGCCCAGCUUCGCCCACUGUCCUGGACAUCUCUGAGCCCCUGGCUGUGUCUGUGCCACCUGCUGUCCUGGAACUGUUGGGAGCUGGGGGAACUCCUGCCUCAGUCUCCCCAACACCAGCUCUCAGUCCUGGCCCAGGCCUGCGCCCCCACCUCAUCCCCCUGCUGCUGCGUGGAGCAGAGGCCCAGCUGAGUGACACCUGCCAACAGGAGGUCAGCAGCAAGCUGGCAGUGCCUGGUCCCAGGGGACCCCAGGGCCAGCAUGGUCCUGGGACGGAGUCACCAUUGCUGCCCCCACCCCUGACCCUCCUACGCCCUGGGGGGGCCCCACCCCCACCCCCCAAGAACCCAGCACGCCUCAUGGCCCUGGCCCUGGCUGAGCGGGCUCAGCAGGUGGCCGAGCAACAGAGCCAACAGGAGCGUGAGAGCACACCACCUGCUCCUCACUCCCCUUUCCACCGUUCGCUGUCCCUGGAGGUGGGAGGGGAGCCUGUGGGGACCUCAGGGAGUGGGCCACCCCCUCACUCUCUAGCCCACCCAAGCGCCUGGGCCCCGGGACCCCCACCAUACCUACCCAGGCAACAAAGUGAUGGGAGUUUGGUGAGGAGCCAGCGGCCCAUGGGGACCUCACGGAGGGGACUCAGAGGCCCUGCCCAGGUCAGUGCCCAGCUCAGGGCAGGUGGGUAUAGGGAUGCCCCAGAGGUGGCAGCCCAGUCCCCGUGUUCUGUCCCCUCACAGGUUCCUACCCCUGGCUUCUUCUCCCCAGUCCCCCGGGAGUGCCUGCCACCCUUCUUUGGGAACCCCAAACCAAGCUUGUACCCCCUCGGCCCCCCCUCCUUCCAGCCAAGCUCCCCAGCCCCAGCCUGGAGGAACUCCCUGGGGCCCCCUACACCACUCGACAGGGGAGAGAACCUGUACUAUGAGAUCGGGGCAGGUGAGGGAUCGCCCUACUCCGGCCCCAGCCGGUGCUGGAGCCCCUUCCGCUCCAUGCCCCCCGAUAGGCUCAAUGCCUCAUAUGGCAUGCUCGGCCAGUCGCCACCACUCCACAGGUCCCCUGACUUCCUGCUCAGCUACCCACCACCCCCCUCCUGCUUUCCCCCUGACCACCUUGGCCACACAGCCCCCCAACACUCUGCCCGGCGCCCCAACCGGCCUGAGCCCCUCUACGUCAACCUGGCCCUAGGGCCCAGGGGCCCCUCUCCUGCUUCUUCCUGUUCCUCUUCCCCUCCUGCCCAUCCCCGAAGCCGUUCAGACCCUGGUCUCCCAGCCCCCCGCCUCCCCCAGAAGCAGCGGGCACCCUGGGGCCCCCGCACCCCUCACAGGGUACCAGGACCCUGGGGCCCUCCUGAGCCUCUCCUGCUCUACAGAGCAUCCCCACCAGCCUAUGGGAGGGGGAAUGAGCACCAUCGAGGGUCUUUGUACAGAAAUGGGGGACAGAGAGGGGAGGGGGCUGGUCCCCCACCCCCUUACCCCACUCCCAGCUGGUCCCUCCACUUGGAGGGUCCAACCCGGAGCUACUGCUGAACUAGAGCAGAAAAGGGCCCCCUCCCUUUCCUUUGCCCUCUGGACCUUGGCCCGAGCAAUCCCUUGUUUUGUAUUUUCUUGACCUCCUUCUACCCCUACCCCAGGUUUCUAACUUUGUAACUUGCUUCUUAUGUAGGUCCCCAACCUAAAAUCAUAGUCUCCCUACCCUGGGUUACAGGGUAUGCCCCUCUGCCCCUGCCCUGCUGGAGGCCCUCGCACAAAUCUGAGGGAGGGCUAGGCUGACACCCCGUCCUCCCUCUCCUUCCAGAAGCCCUCAGCCUGUCCUGACCUGUGCACAGGGGGCAGGGGGACAGCCCCUGCCCAUCUCUUCCCAUGUGCCCCACUAAAUCAUUCUGACGUUAAUGAAUAAAAAGGGUGGAAA